AUUUUUCUCGAAUUUAUUCCUUUAUUUUUUAUUUUCCCCGUGCGAAAGUGGUCCCAAAAUAUUCCUAAUAUUUUUUAAAAAAAACAACAAUCAUUCGGCGCCGGAAAAUCGGGAUUCGGAGUGAUUUCCAAGGUUAAACCAUGCCUGCCAAAACGAAGUCUUCUACAGCAAAGCAAAGCGCAAAACUGGGUCCGGGGGGAGCUGAGCCCCUGGAUGAGUUUGACAACGAAAUGGAUAUCCAACAAAAGGCAACCGCAUCAAAUGUAGAUGAAACUACAAGAGAAUCACCAGUUGAACCAAUAGAUAAUCGAAGCUUGGAAGAAAUUUUAGCUGGCAUAUCUCCUCCUCCACCCCCAGCAAUGACCAAUGAACCCGGAGCUCCUCGACUCAUGAUAACUCACAUAGUGAACCAGAAUUUCAAGUCAUAUGCAGGAGAACAAAUCCUGGGUCCUUUCCACAAGAGGUUUUCUUGUAUUAUUGGACCAAAUGGGAGUGGGAAAUCAAAUGUGAUUGACUCAAUGCUAUUUGUUUUUGGCUACCGGGCCCAAAAAAUUCGUUCCAAAAAGUUGUCUGUACUCAUUCACAAUUCUGAUGAGCAUAAAGAUAUUCAGAGCUGUACUGUGGAAGUUCAUUUUCAAAAAAUCAUUGAUAAGCAACUUCUGCGUUUCAAGAACUGCAUACAAGGACAAUUCAUCGACUUACCAUAUUAAUGGCAAGAAAUCAACAUUUAAAGAUGUGGGAACGUUGCUUCGUAGCCAUGGAAUUGAUCUGGAUCACAACAGAUUUUUGAUUC